GAUGGCGGCGCCCAGGAGAUAGCGGUGUGGUGGUGAUGCCCCUCUAACCUCAAGAGUGAAAAAUGUUGUGCUUGAAUUUUACCAUUCCCUCGGGGCUGUCAAAACUUUCAUAUGCUCAAUGCAAAACAUGUGUAGAAUUGUCAUCAUUGUUCAGAAGAGACAUUGGAAGAUUGACAUGCUUCCUCUCUUCUAAAAAUAUCAACACGGGACCUAAUGUAAACUACAGUCAACAGCUGAAUAGUCAACGUUCGUACGUAAACACACAUGUGCAAGCGCACAUUUUAAAAUAUCAGUAUUUAGGAAACAGACAGAACUUGUGCUUAAAUUAUCAUCGACUAAGUGAACAUACAAAUGUUUCGCUGGUAACAUCAGACUUGCAAAUAAGAAACUUUCAUACAUAUUCUUCAUUGCUUCAUUCUAAUCAUUGUGACAACCGCACACCGAACGAGAAGAACGUCAAGGGCACAAAUGAAACCCCACAUUUAAGUUCAUCAAAGGAAGAGGACCAAAAAUUAGAAGAUGUGAUAGAGAACAUAUAUACCAUACCAAACCUGCUGACAUGCCUACGGAUAGCUGUGACGCCCUACCUCGGGUACCUGGUACUCACCCGCGAAUUUGAUUUAGGAUUCAAGAUAUUUGUACUAGCUGGUCUGUCAGAUUUUCUUGAUGGGUUUAUCGCCCGGAAUUUUAAGAACCAACAGUCUGUGUUAGGAUCAGCCCUUGACCCAGUCGCUGAUAAACUCUUGGUUAGCAUUCUUACCGUCACGUUGUCAGUAGCAGAACUAUUACCAGUGCCUUUGACAUGUGUGAUCAUCGGGAGAGACGCUUUGCUGAUAGCUGCGGGUUUUUACUUAAGAUAUAUAACCCUACCUCCACCUAAAAAUCUGAAGAGGUAUUUUGAUGUAACCCAUGCCACAGUCACCAUCCUGCCAUCCACACUCAGUAAGUGGAACACCGGACUACAAAUAUGCCUGAUAGCUGCUUCAAUGGCUGCUCCAGUGUUUGGAUAUGUGGACCAUGUAUAUCUUCAGGGCUUAUGGUACCUCACAGGAGCCACUACAAUGGCGUCAGGGAUACAGUAUGUUGUCUUUCGUAAUAAAUACAUCAGAUUUACUCAGGACAAACUCAAACGGCAGAUAUAAUUCAGGUCACCAGUGUAACAUUUUAUCCAUGGAGAUUGUGAAAGAUGGAAGAAAAAUACAAAGGCAAUCAGAGACACAAUAGUCCUGAAAUACAUGAGAAUGAAUUGUGACUAAACCUACCUGGAAUCAAGUGUAACAUGGACAGGCUAAGGGUACAUGGAACAGCCUGUAUCCUUGAGUAGCAUGGAAAGACUGUAACUAAGGGGCAUGAAACAGCCUGUAACCUAGAGUAGCAUGGAAAGACUGUAACUAAGGGGACAUGGGACAGCCUGUAUCCUAGAGUAGCAUGGACAGACUGUAACUAAGGGGACAUGGGACAGCCUGUAUCCUUGAGUAGCAUGGAAAGACUGUAACUAAGGGGACAUGGAACAGCCUGUUUCCUGAUGUAGCAUAGAAAGGUUGUAACUAUGGGGACAUGUAACAGCCUGUAUCCUAGAGUUAAGGGCACAUAGCAACAGUCUGAAACCAAAGGUAAUGUUGGUUUGCUGUAACUAAGGGAACACAGAUAACAGCCUGUAACUAUUGAUAACAUGGAUUGACUGUAACCAAGGAGGUAUUGACAGCAGCCUGUAACCAUUGGUAAUGUUGGUUUACUGUAACCAAGGAGGUAUUGACAACAGCCUGUAACUAUUGAUAACAUGGAUUGACUGUAACCAAGGAGGUAUUGACAACAGCCUGUAACCAUUGGUAAUGUUGGUUUACUGUAACCAAGGAGGUAUUGACAACAGCCUGUAACCAUGGGUAAUGUUGGUUUACUGUAACCAAGGAGGUAUUGACAACAGCCUGUAACUAUUGAUAAUAUGGAUUGACUGUAACCAAGGAGGUAUUGACAACAGCCUGUAACCAUGGGUAAUGUAGAAAUGAUGUAAAUAAGGGGGUGAAACUUAGUGGGUAUUUUUACCUUUAAAGAAACACAACAUUAUUUUGUUAUAAAUCAUUGUAAUUUUCUGAAAAUUUUUUUCUUUGGAGGUGAUGGACCUAAUUAUCAAUCAUUUUGUUAUUAACUGUAACAGAGGUAAACUGAAAUAACAAGAUAUGAAAUUCCGGUGUACAUGUGUAUCUUUUUGAUAUUAUUUUGUAGGGAAUUAAAUGUUGCAACAGACCAGAGUUUGAUCAUGACCUGAUAAACCGAUUUCCUACAACUUUUUUAUACGACUAUGGUGAUUUGGUAGAUACCAGCUGGUGUGACUGGUAUGCUUAUCUAGUGCUGUGUAUGUGAAUGCCAUAUACAUUUUGAUUAAUGUACUGCUUUGUUUAUUAUUUUGUGUUAAGAUAUUAUUCAAGAUGUUUUAUGCAAAGAUUGGAGACUUGGAAGUACAAUGUAUUUUAUUUUUGAAAAAAUAUAUAUUUAUUUUAUGGUUUUAUUUGGUUCAUUCUUCUAAGAAAGACAAAAACUGAUGAGGAUAGUGCUCGAAGGACAUCUGUAUGCUUUUUUCAUAUUGUUAUUUUCAUACUGUAAAUUCAAAAUCAGUGCUAUUGUUGAUAUAAAUGUUCAUUAUACAAAUGUUUCGAUUGGAGGAUAUAAUCCUGUAAUACAAAUUGUCAUACCUUAUACACUUUGUGCUAUAUGUACCUCCAAACUCAAAAGAGUUCUAACGGUGUAAAUCCUGCCUGUUUUGCUAUGAAUAACUUUACAAAUCAUGAGUAUUGAUAAAGCAUGAGGUUUCUGUUUGAAAAUAAUUCAAGGGAAACAAUUCAUGAAUACAGUAACUCAGUUUUGUCAAGAAAAUACAUAUACAACACAUAUACAUUACAAAAUGUAUAUGAUAUGAAUAAUUCCUUGUGUUGUUUUCCAGGAAUCUUUCUAGCAAGAAUUGUUAUCUGAAAGCAAGGGUAGGGGUAAUUAUUCAAUUGUUAAGGUCGAUUUCCAUAACAAUCUUGUGAAAAAAGGCCAAACUUUAUGUUUUUUUUACAAGAAACCGUGCAUAGAACAGCUGGGGAUAGAUAAUAUACAUGUAGAUGUGACACCAUUCCCAUAUACAAUGAGGCCAAUACUCUUAUGCAUUGUAGGACAUUUCUCUGUAACAUAAGUAUAACUGAUAAUUACAAUAUUUUUUUAUACACUGUAAUUGUGUAUCUGUCACUGGGUUUGUCUAUACCUCGUAGCACUUCGGUAAACAUUUCCCAGUAUUAAAAACAUUUAUUUAUCUUGACCUGUUUAUAAAACAGAAUGUAAACAAUAUUUUUCCAUUAUUUCCUUUCUAAAUUUCUAAAUUUUCUUUCUUCUUUAGUUUUCUAAUUGAUCAUAUUCUAUCAAUGCUAUUGCUGUCAUCUAUUGUAUAUAAUGUAGUAUUGUGGAGAAGGCUUUACUAAGUUGUGAUAAUUUGUGCCUAAUCUAAUUGUAACAUUUAUGACAAUAAAAUAUGUUGGAAUUAAUGACUUAUAAAGAGAUCAUGGAUUUCUCUCCGAAAAACAGUCCAUAAAUGACCAUAGCUGUUGAUAGGACUUUGAAUAAAACAAAAAGGCUCAAGAUUUUCUUUGUGGUAAAACAACCUGUUGAAUAUUAUGAAUCGGAGAUUUCAGUAGUGGACAUUUUCUCUUUCUUGUUACAAAGUGUUCAAGUAAACUACCAUAACAUUUAUAUUGAUUAGAUGUCAAUAUUUUCCACUUUGCCUUUAUGCUAAAACAAAUAUCUGUGAUGUUUCAGAAUGUGACUUUCGGAAUUUCUGUAAAGCUUUGUAAAAAAAAACUUAUUGAGGUGUGUGUUAUGUGAAGAUUGUACUGUUAAUGAUGGCCAUGGCUGAAUUGAUAUUAGUACAGGUAUAUAAAAAAAAUGCUGGCAGCUGUGCCAUACAAUAGAUAAAAACAACCUUACUUUAUAAGAGAGGUUGAUUGGUUUCAAAAAUAAACAAAUUUUAAAUUAU